AUGAUCAUUCCAAUGCCAGCAAUGGGAGCUAUGGGCGGCCCGCCAUCGGCCUAUGCCCUCUCCAGGCGCCCUUGGGUGAAAUUCGUCCUCUUUCUCCAGAGUCUGCUCUGUUUGGUUCGAAUUGUUCUAUUUUUGGACAUCAUGGGUGCAUUCUUAAUGGCCAUAAUGAUUGCAGUGGGCUACUUCGGCAUUCGGGAGGAGAUCAACAUUCAACUGCUAUGCUAUUGGGGCAUGAUGUGCCUUAUCAAUGGCGCUUUCGAUCUGGUGAAACUGAUCGAUGUCCUAGUCAAAAACAGGAUGCCGCUCUUCUCUUCAAAGGCUUCUUCAGAGUACAACAUCGCGAAUGGAUUGGCCCUGGCCAUACCAGUUGCGACGCUUAUGGGUGUUCCGUUGGCAUGGUGGCUGUUUCAAGACUAUUCCAGUGGUGCGGGCCCGAGCCGAUCUCACGGAACUCCGAUUCGCGUCCGCGAUCGUGGCGGUUCUCGGAUCGUGCAUGUGGCUCCGGACAACCGCUUUGAUGUUGGGUGUGUUAUCGGAAUGGGCUGGUUCUCUUACCACGUUGUGCGAGUCUUCCCUCCUCGCAGGUUGAAGGGUUGCUCUGUUGCUCCCCAUUUCAUCUGUUGA